GAGAUCGUCAGUGUCUCCGUGACUGUUAUCCGCACAACUACUAUAUAAUUCCCAGUAAUCAUUUAUAGCAGUAAAUAACAUUUACUUCAAAUAAAUUAUUCGUAGGAUUAUUUUCUUACUUAAAAUGUCAAUAACACGAGUGGUGGCGAUAACAGGAUGCGAUAGUGGACUAGGAUGGGCUAUCGCGGCGCGGUCGGCCCGUGAAGGCCUUGUCACUGUUGCUGGAAUGUACCAAGGAGUAAACACACAAGCGGCAGAUAGCUUAAGGAAAUUAUACGCUCAUCCCUUCCCACUCGAUGUCAGGGACCCCGAGAGUGUCGCCGGCUUUCGUGAUUAUGUGAAGUGCCUUUUAAAAGAUAACCCCAACUACAAGCUUCACGCAAUCGUCAACAAUGCUGGCGUUAUGACGAUUGGCAAUUACGAAUGGCAGCCACCAUCCAUAAUCGAAAACACUAUAAAUGUUAAUCUACUCGGAGCCAUGAGAGUCGUCACCGCAUUUAUGCCAGAUCUUAGAAAAACUGCUUUAGAAAAACCGAUAUCGAAAACCCGUAUAAUCAACGUAAGCAGCCACUGUGGUUUGCAGCCGUUGCCGGGUUUUGGCGUAUACAGUGCUAGUAAAGCUGGCUUGCUGGCGUGGACACGAGCUUUACGGCACGAACACAGAGAACACGGCUUAAGUGUCGUUGCUUUUGUACCCGGAGGUUUCGUCGCAUCUAGCAACUUAUUAUCACAUCAAGGUACAUCUGGCGACGCAAUGUUGGAUCAUUUAAAUGAAGAGCAAAAAGCAUUCUACGGGAAGAAGAUCACAACUCUGAAUAAUUAUCUGAAACAAGCCCACUCCGCGCGUUUCGACUCUAUGCGAGACGAGAAUAUUCUAGAAACAUUCAUGGAAGUCCUAUUAAAAGAUAAUCCUAGGGAAUUGUACAAAGUAGAAUCAUGGCGAUACAUGUUUUAUUACAACCUGAUGAAAUUACCCUUACCAGAAUGGGGAUUGGCGUGGGUUAUUAAGAAAUUUCUUAGUUUUCCAGAUGUAUGAAAUUUGUAAAAACAAUAAUUUUGAUCUACAACUUUUAGUAUAAGUAAUAUAAUAUUAUAUACGCCUGUU